ACCAUUUUGGAUGGGUAUAAAUACUGCAGAGCACACCGGAUCAAGCCAGAAUCAGACCCUACUCGACACCUUGCCGUCGGAACUUAGGGACUCUUUGUAAAGAUAAAAUUAUCUUUUAAUUUUAUUGAAAUUCAUCCUAAAUCCUAAAAAUGCGUGAGUGUAUUUCUGUCCAUGUUGGUCAAGCUGGAGUACAGAUGGGCAAUGCCUGUUGGGAGUUGUACUGUCUGGAACAUGGCAUCCAGCCAGAUGGCCAGAUGCCAUCAGACAAGACCAUUGGAGGUGGUGAUGACUCAUUCAACACCUUCUUCAGUGAGACUGGUGCUGGUAAACAUGUGCCAAGAGCUGUCUUUGUUGAUCUGGAACCCACUGUCAUUGAUGAAGUACGUACUGGCACAUACAGACAGCUGUUCCACCCAGAGCAGUUGAUCACAGGUAAAGAAGAUGCCGCCAACAACUAUGCCCGUGGUCACUACACCAUUGGUAAAGAAAUCAUUGACCUUGUUCUUGACCGCAUCAGAAAGUUAUCAGACCAGUGCACUGGUCUUCAGGGAUUCCUCAUCUUCCACAGUUUUGGAGGAGGCACUGGCUCUGGCUUUGCAUCUCUAUUGAUGGAACGUCUGUCUGUUGACUACGGCAAGAAAUCCAAGCUCGAGUUUGCUGUUUACCCAGCUCCUCAGAUCUCCACAGCUGUUGUUGAACCCUACAACUCCAUCUUGACGACACACACAACUCUAGAACACUCUGACUGUGCCUUCAUGGUCGACAAUGAAGCUAUUUACGACAUAUGCCGUCGUAACCUUGAUAUUGAAAGACCAUCUUACACCAACUUGAACCGUUUGAUUGGACAGAUUGUCUCAUCCAUCACUGCCUCUCUAAGGUUUGAUGGUGCCUUGAAUGUAGAUUUGACAGAGUUCCAGACCAACUUGGUGCCAUACCCACGUAUCCACUUCCCACUGGCAACCUAUGCUCCAGUCAUCUCUGCUGAGAAGGCUUAUCAUGAACAACUCUCAGUAGCUGAGAUCACAAAUGCCUGUUUUGAGCCAGCCAACCAACUGGUCAAGUGUGACCCACGUCAUGGCAAGUACAUGGCCUGCUGUAUGUUGUACAGAGGUGAUGUUGUCCCCAAGGAUGUCAAUGCAGCCAUUGCAACUAUCAAGACAAAGAGAACCAUCCAGUUUGUUGACUGGUGUCCAACUGGUUUCAAGGUUGGCAUCAACUACCAGCCACCAACUGUUGUACCUGGAGGUGACUUGGCCAAGGUCCAACGUGCUGUCUGCAUGUUGAGCAACACCACAGCCAUUGCUGAGGCCUGGGCCAGACUUGACCACAAGUUUGACCUUAUGUAUGCCAAGCGUGCUUUCGUCCACUGGUAUGUGGGUGAGGGCAUGGAGGAAGGUGAGUUCUCUGAAGCUCGUGAAGAUCUUGCUGCCUUGGAGAAAGAUUACGAGGAAGUUGGUGUUGACUCAGUCCAGGGUGAUGGUGAAGAGGAGGGAGAGGAAUAUUAGAUCCCCCUCACACCAUAAAUAUUUCUACAAUAAUGUUUACAGAAAAUAGUAAAAAGAUCACUGAAAUUUAAGAUAACUUAUUUUGCCCUUAAAGGAAUCUCAACUGUUGUAAACUCAGCAUUCCAAUUGUUAGUUUUUGUACAAAUUUCUGGCAUAAGUGAUUGCAUUUACUAAAGUUUGAUCUUUGAUGUAAAAAUUGUUUUGUACAAAGAGCUAGCAAUGAGUGCUGGGGUUUCAUUGUAUAAAAAUUCUGUACAAAAUCCUGGCAACAAAUGUAUAAAUUUUAUUAAAUUUUCUAUUUGAAGAAUUUGUCUAUGAAAGUGACAUUAAAAACUUGUUUUUGAAUGACA